AUGUAUAAGCGAACAUGGAAACGUCGUAUCAGUAAGCAACCACAGACGGAAAUGUUGUAUCGGAAAUGUUGUAUCAGCAAAAACAGCAUGAAAACAGAAGCAGCUAAGCGCUGUGCAAAGGAAAACCUUCAGGACGGUAGGUUGUUCGCAGUAUUCGUUGCACUUGCUGAUGCCUUCAAUUCGUUCAAUGGAAAUGUAAUUGUCAGCAGCGGCCCGGGAGCGGCCAUGAUGCCAGUGUUGACGGGGAAUGCGAAUGGUGUGCUGGAUCCAACGGAUGGCUGGGGCAACGUGGUCGUCGUUAAUGGUGUACCAAUGAUAAUACCACGCGUACCGCUGGGACGAUAA